AUUUCUUGUAAAGCAUCUUUUUGAGAGUAAAGUUAAAACAAAUUUAAACGGAUUCUUUUUCCUUGAAGAACUGCUUUUUAUGGCUUUCACUUCAGUCACUAACCGAAGGAUGGAACCAAAAUCCCAGGGAGUAGUAUCCUUUAAGGAUGUGACUGUGGGCUUCACCCAGGAGGAGUGGCAGUACCUGGACCCUGGCCAACGGUCCCUGUACAGGGAGGUGAUGCUGGAGAACUACAGUCACCUUGUCUCAGUGGGGUAUUGUGUGACCAAGUCAGAAGUGAUCUUCAAGCUGGAGCAAGGAGAGGAGCCGUGGAUGCUGGAGGAAAAAUUCUCAAGUCAGAGCUUCCGAGAAACUUGGAAAGCUGGUUGCUCAAAUGACAGGAGCCAAGAAAACCAACCUAAAUAUUCAUGGAAAAAUGCAUUCAUGAAUAACAAAAUGCUGAUUAGUGAACAAGGUAAUGAAAUAGGAAACCCAUUUAACUUGGACAUAAAUUCAUUUCUUUCCAUAGAAAUACCCUGUAAGUAUGACUCACAUGGAAUUAAUUUCAACAAUAUUUCAGAAUUACUUAUUAGGAAAACUAACUUAAGAAAAAAUCUGGAUAAAUUUAAUACCUGUGGAAAAUUAUUGUUCAACAUUAAAUGUGAGAAAACCCUUACUAGAGAGAAAAGUGAAGUUUUAAAAAAUAAAGCUACACCUGAUGAUCAUGCAAGUCCUAUUCAGCAUGAAAAAUUCGAGACUUUAGAGCAUACUUUUGAAUAUAAUGUGUGUCAGGAGGCCAUCCUUGGAAAGAAAAUGCUCAAUCCACACAAGCAUCAAUGCACAGAAGAUAGAGACUAUGAAUGUAGUGCAUAUGGGAGAACUUUCUCUGAUGGUUCAUCACUGGUGUUCCCUCGGCUGUCUCUCACUGAAGAGAAUCACUGUGAACUUAAUGAUUGUGAGAAGUCCACGGCUUUCCAACAUGAUGGUGUGCGUAUCAAACACUGUGAGCAUAAUAAAAUGGAGAAUAAUAUUAGGAGGAAGUUAUGUCUCUCACAAGUUCAAAAAACUCAUAAACAGAAGUACUUAGAGUGUAAAGAAUGUGGCAAAGCUUCCUGUGAGAAGUCACAUCUCAUAUGACAUCAGACAGCACACACAGGAGAGAAAUGCUUUCAAUGUGAUGUUUGUGGAAAAGCCUAGGACAAGUCAAACCUCACUAAACAUCAGAGAACACAUACAGGAGAGAAGCCCUAUGAAUACAAUCGAUGUGGGAAAGCCUUUAGCUAUAAGGCAUGUCUCAGAGUGCCCCAGAGAACACAUACAGGACUGAAACCCUAUGAAUGUUAUGAAUGUGGAAAAUUGUUUUUUACAAAUUCAAACCUUACAGUACAUCAGAGAACACAUACAGGGGAGAAGCCCUUCAGAUGUCCAGAUUGUGGGAAAUCCUUUUGUCAAAAAUCACCUUAUGGAUGUCCAGAUUGUGGAAAGUCCUUUGGUCAAAAAACCCAUCUAGAACAACAUCAGAUAAUUCACAUGGGGAAUAAGCCUUACAUAUGUAAUAUAUGUGGUAAAAGUUUCUACCACAAAUCAGUACUCACCAGGCAUCAGAUAACACAUACAGGAUUAAAACCUUAUGAAUUUUAUGAAUGUGGGAAGGCCUUCUGCUUAAAAUCAGACCUCACAGUUCAUGAGAGAGCACACACAGGAGAGAAUCUCUUUACAUGCUCAGAAUGUGGGAAAUUCUUUAGCCGUAAGUCAACUCUCUCUCAACACUUGAGAACACAUACAGGGGAGAAACCGUAUGAAUGUCAGGAAUGUAGAAAAGUAUUUUAUGAUAAGUCAUACCUGGCUACACAAAAUAGAACACACACAGGAGAAAUUUCACCCAACCAUGACUCAGGAACCAUUACAAUAGACAUGAUGUUGCCAACCCUGAAUUUCUUGUCAUUUUAUCUGAGGAAGAUCACUAAAG